UGACAGGAGCUGGAAAAGUGAAAAAAUGGACGCCAUUGUUCUAGCUGGCGACGAGUUGUGAAGGAAAAUUGUUCAAGAUGGCGAAAUAUAAGCUCGGACAGUGUUAAAGUUGCCAGCAAUCGUGAACUAUCGACGCUGGCCGUUGAAAGCGAGUAAAUUUGGUCGGGUCAGUUUGAUCAUUGGCGUAGAAAGUUGUUUUACAUACAGCACAGCAUUGUCCAGUGUGGGGUGGUGGUCGACAUUUUCCGCAAUAUACGCAGUCAGUCAGGCCCCAUUAUUCUGGAUAUGGUCCAGAAAGAUCUCGUCGCGAACGAAUGCAAACGAACGGAACAGCUAGCUCGUAGGACUCUGCUGGAACUAGUAGCCAAUGGUCACAACCAUGUACAUAAAGAAUAGCUCGGGUUUCAUCGCUUUUUCCGUUCUGUUAGUUUUUGCAAUCUCGAUUACUCGUAGUGCAGAUGAGCCACAAAAAAUCAAGUACAGCAUGGUCGAGGGAUGGGCGUACAAGCUAGGCGGUGAGCUAUCCGCUUUAGGAGAUUUAAUAACUAGAAGAAAAGCCGUAGAAGAUAGUUUUAAACAAGCACAAGUAGUUAGCAAAAAUGGACAAAAAAUUGUGGAAGAGAUGGCCAAGGACCUCAAGUACAUGAUGGAUGCGAAAGUCAGCGCCGUUAAGCGCAUCAUGGACACCGCCGAGAAUACGGCCAUCUCGUACGACGAGGAACCGGUGAACCAGAGUUUUCAAUACUACAAUGCAAAGGAGAUGAUCGAACCGGGCGAGAUCAUUACCACACCGAUACCGAUGAUCGACGAGGACCCGGCCGAUAUCACCACACCCAUCCCCCCGAAAGAGAUUGUUCUCGUCAAGAAGAAGCACUUCUUCAACGAAGCGGUCAACACCUCGGUCAGCUCGGUGCACGUGCCCACCAAUGUGUACGAUAGAGCAACUGAAGUGAUCAAAGCGAUCAAGUGGUCCGAGGCGUUGGACUCGAUCUUCUACAACAACUACAUCGGUGACCCGACACUGACGUGGCAAUACUUUGGCAGCUCGUCGGGCUUCCUCCGGCAGUUUCCGGCGACUAAGUGGGUGGAGGAUCCAGUCGAUCUUUACGACUGUCGGCUGCGCUCGUGGUACAUCGAGGCGGCCAACAGUCCGAAAGAUGUCAUUAUCCUAGUAGACAGCUCCGGUUCCAUGACGGGCCAGCGGAAAGACAUAGCCAAGCACGUCGUGUCCAACAUCCUGGACACGUUAGGUCCGAACGAUUACGUCAACAUCUUCUCCUUUUCGGAAGAGGUGACCGAAAUCGUCGACUGCUUUCGCGACACGAUGGUCCAGGCAAACAUGGGUAACAUCCGAGAGCUGAAGCUGGGAAUGGAUGACAUCGCGACGACUGAGAUCGCAAACGUUUCGGCGGCGUUGACCAAGGCUUUCGAGCUACUUGAAACAUUCCGUGAAAGCCGAAGUGGGGCCCGUUGCAACCAGGCCAUUAUGCUCGUGUCCGAUGGUGUUCCAUACAGUUUCGAGGAAAUAUUCGAGCAGUACAACUGGAAGGAUCUGCCCUUCAUUCCGGUGCGGGUUUUUACCUAUCUGAUCGGGCGGGAGGUUGCCGAUGUCAAGGAGAUCAAGGAGAUGGCCUGUAAGAAUCAAGGCUACUACGUCCACUUGAGUACGCUGGCCGAGGUACGGGAAGAGGUGCUGAACUACAUACCGGUGAUAGCGAGGCCACUGGUGCUGAACAAACGGGAACAUCCGGUGGUGUGGUCCGAGGUGUACGCGGACGUUGAGGAUCCGAAAAUGACCGAUUGGUUGUGGGAGAUCAAGGAACGAGCCGAGCAAAAGGAAAGGUUCAUAGAUUACCGUAAGAAUCGGGUGAUUUUCUUCUCCCCAGAGGAACAGCAUCGUCGAAUGAUUAUGAAGCAGAGAAUGAAUCAAGAUCCGUAUUCCAACACCCAGAAAUACAAUUUUAUGACAACCGUGUCGAUGCCUGUUUUUGACCGUCGAGAAAAUGCUAACAUCACCGAAGACGUCCUUAUCAAUGAGGCUUACUGGGUUUCGGUAACACGAGAGACCAAGGUGGCGAACAUUCUCGGUGUAGCCGGGGCUGACGUACCCAUCUCGGAGAUUAAGAAAUAUUUGAAGCCUCAUUUGCUUGGAGUCAACGGGUACGCCUUCAUCGUUACGAAUAACGGCUAUAUUCUAACGCACCCCGAUUUCCGUCCAGUUUUCCAAGAUAUUUUAAAACCAGCCUACAAUACGGUCGACAUGAUAGAGGUGGAGCUAACUGACGACGACCGUGGACCACGGGACUUUAAUCCUGCCUUAUUGCUGAUACGAGAAUCUAUAAUCAAUCAAUCUACCGGAGCGAAAUGGGUCCACGUGAAGUAUCAUUUCGAUGAAAUGAAACGGGUAUCCCGCACUCGGCGCCAGUAUUACUGGACUCCGAUCAAAAACACCCCAUUCACUCUGGUAGUAACGUACCCGGAAACGUACGGUGUCAAUCGGCUCCAGAUUCGAACGGACGACGAAAUACACCGUACCCAUGCAAAAGGCAGCAAUGCUGCUAGCUUCUUUGGCGGCAUCAACUGGAAGAUUCAUCCAGACUGGGUAUAUUGCAAAUAUCUGAACGAACACGCGAAUGAAACGUUCGGUACUCCCGAGCUAGAGCUGAAGCAUUUCCUAGAACGAAUGAAACAGGGCGGUUGGAAAUGGCCAGCACUCCGGACUCCCCCUCCGCCGGAGCACGCCAUGUUCUCUAACAUUUCGACCCGAAUGCCUGAAAAGGACUACUAUUACUGCGAUCGCAAUCUAAUGCAAGCCCUGGUGUUCGAUGCCAAGGUGACGGAAUGGUACUCCAAAAACACCAGCGGCGGCAGUGGCAGCAAGGACGAAAAACAAGACCCUAGCCCAAUUGCAGUUUUGAUGGGUUUGUUGCCAAGGAACGAGUUCAAGCAACGAUUCGGAAUUACCGUUUCCUUCUUGGCGACCCACAGUGGGCUUACCAGGUGGCAGGACCACAUGAACAUUGGCGACGAGUCCAAGCAAGCAGAGCCCGACUUUAGUGAAACCCACAGUCGAGCUAUCGAUGAAAUUUGGUACAAGCGAGCCGUGGAGUUCUACUACAACAACAAGAACAAGCGCAGCCAGGACGGCAGCAACGGAAAGGAUACCGACAGCGACAAGACCAGCUUCGUCUAUUCGGUCCCGUUCGAUGCCGGGAACCGAAACGAUACCCUGGUGACGGCUAGCACUGCAAUCUUCCACACGGACGGCGGCAAGGAGACACCGGUGGCCGUUGUUGGCUUCCAGUUUCACCAUUCGGCAAUGUACGCCCUGUUCAAGAACAUCACCAGCCAGUGCAGUGACCACGCGUGCGAGAAGACGUGCUUCACGGGCGACUUCCAGUGCUACGUGAUCGAUAACAACGGAUUCGUGGUGAUAAGCGAACAACUGCAGGAGACGGGGGCGUUCUUCGGCGAAGUGAAGCCUGCAUUUAUGCAACGGUUGAUCGACGAUGGCAUGUUCAAAAACGUGACCAUCUACGACUACCAGGCGGUGUGCUUCAUGGGGAAGAACAUCAUCAAUCUGGGCAACAUUAUCCAGACGCCACUGAAAAUCAUUUGGUGGUUCCUGACGAACGCGAUAUCCUACAUCCUAUGGGUCGUAGUGCAGAUAUUCUUCACCAUCGUACAGGCUUACGAUGAAGUGUACGAUAGCAGCCAGUACGACGCGGCCUCGGAUUUAGGCGACAUUGAGGACCCGACGGCCGGUCGCUACAAAGAGCCGGAGUUCAACAAGGUUCUGAUCAAUCGAACACGACCGGAACCAUGCGAUCACGUCAUCACGUUAUACGAACAGAACAACGACGCCGAUCCGGCCGUGUACCGGAAGGAUUCUCAUCAGUGCGAGAGACCCUACGUGGUGAUGCCAAUCCCGUUUAGCAACAUGAUCCUACUGGUUCUGGACACGCUGUGUCCGGUGCCUUCACAAGUCCACGUUACCACGUGGCCCGUCGAACACGACUACAAUGAAAGCUUGGCGUGUCACAAGGUGCACAACGUCGAACUUCCGCGGAGACGACCGCUCACCUGUAUCAAUAAACAUGCGAAUGAAAGUGUAAUCGAACUGUGCGGCCGAGGAUCGCCAUUGGUCGGAUCCAGCUGGGCACUGAUAGGGACCGUCCUGAUUCUGGGACAGCUGAUGUACAUGGAUCGCGAUUAAGGCGUAAUGGCGCUUUAAAGGUUAUCCAACCAACAUACAUUUUUUCGUGCUUAAGUUUUCCUCGAAAGAGCGAAUCGCGGGUUUUACAUUUGCCGUUGUAAAGAAGAUGAAAAAUAGGAGCGACGAAGACGAUUAUACCAUAUACAAACUUUUAAUAGUUGCGAUAAUAAAGAAAAUACUGAGAGCUUUCAACCCGGGUCAUUUGCUACUGGUGAAUUUGUUCGGAUGCUAGGAACAUUCAAAAACGAAUCAACCAAUCAAACUCGCCACUAGCAAACAUCCUUCCGAAUAAAAAAAAAACGAACAAGUCUCAACAAUUCAUACUUAUUGCUACAAUUUGAUUGUUACUUUCAAUUUUCAAUAAGAGAGAAAUUUAAGUAUCACUUCAACCAAUAAAAAAAGCGUUAUAUUUAGUACAAUAACCGCUGCUAGAACCAUUAAAUAAAUUUAGCAAAAUUCUGUUACUCAAUUUCACAAGAUUUUUAAACAAACAAAACCCAGUGCUACUGAAACGAGAAAAAAAAGUCUAUACACAUUUUGUUAUCGAAUUAAUACUAACUAACAGUUCUUAUAGAAUUAACCAAUCUCAUCUCUUGUACAAAGCAAAAUAACGAAUAUAGAAUGAAAGUAGGAAAAGAACAGGCGGAAUAACGGAAGAGGCCAAAAAAGGACACUAUACCGUAGCUGGUUGAAGUGUCAUCCACGAUAGAUAAAAUGGACCAGGAAUAGGUUAUGUUUAUGUUUCCACACGUCCUUUGGUUAAUGUGAAAUUACAAGUUGAAAAAGGAUGAAGUUCACUCACACCAAGUAGGAGGCUUUACGAAUUUAAGUAAAGCUCUCUCAAGAUCGAGAGACACUCGAUUUGGUACGGAAGUCAUCCAGAUUAUUAUAAACUUAUAUUUGAGUUACCUUUGACCAGAUUAUUGUUACAUUCCGUUGUUGAAAGUAUAGAUUGAAUUUGACUGGACACUUAAAUGAAACAAAAAUGUAAUUAACUAGAAAAACUUUCUACGUAAUUAGAACUCACUUUAUCGUUGGUAAUUUAGUUUGGGAUCGAUUGUUGCCGUUGUUGCUUUUGUAUGGCUUUCCUAAUAGAUUCGAUUUAGGGAGAGAACAAAUGAAAAAAAGAAAUCUAGAUGAAUGACUCAGUUACGAAAAAAAAAAGAACGAAUCUGUGGAAUAGAAAUCAACUCUUGUAAAAAGACUCGUCAAUCACUAGGUAAUACUGAAUAAAAACAAAAAUCGAAUGAAAAUUUUCUACUGUUGUAAAUUUAAAACUUGAAGAAAACAAAAAACAAGCAAACCCAAAGUGACUAAAAACGAAUGAAACAAUUUUUCAAAUUUAUAACAAACUUUUUUCCAACAAUAAGCAAGAGCAAAAUCGCUGAAGACGAACCUUUUUCCCCGCCCCAGUCUCCGAUUGCUGCGCAAAUCAGAUCUUACGCUAGCUAGCUGAAAACGGCAAGCAAGUGCUAGUAGUAGCUUGAAACAAAUCUAUGAACAACUACAUAGUGUAAUAACUAAAUAAUAAGCAACUAAAACAAAGCCAGGCGCGAACACUGGAAACACUACAACAAGAAGAACAAAGUGAACACGGUGGUGAGGCACACAGUAAACUUAAUUCUAGUUAUUAUAAAGCGAAUCUAGCAGAAAGAAAACUGAUUUUUUUCAUUAAAUUUUUGGUAAUAAAAUCUGUGAUAAAACUAA